AAGAGGAUGCAAAAGCCGAUUACAUCUAUCUCCGCGUUUGUCCACUACUAUUGCUCAUUUUGCUGUGCUGUGUGAACUGGACACGUUUACAGUCAGUGCUAGUCAUUGGGGCUGAAAAGUUUUGUUUUGGCCAGUAUGGAUUGGGCUCCGAACUCGUUUGGAUGAGUCAGUGCGCGUGUGCUUGGCAACUUUUCCGCGCGCAGCCUCUGUUGCUCCUUAUUUCUCUGAACAUCCAAGGUGGAAAGUUAAAACCGCAUGGGAUAUGGUGACAAACGAGUGAAUUCACAUUAAACCAAGACGGAAAAUGCAGAAGAGUGUUCGGUACAAUGAGGGACACGCUCUGUAUCUCUCCGUUGUCGCGCGUAAAGAGGGCACCAAGCGAGGGUAUCUGUGUAAGAAGACCACAGAAAACAGCAAAUGGCAUGAGAAGUUUUUUGCACUUUAUCAGAAUCUUUUGUUCUACUUCGACACCGACCAGAGUGCUCGACCAUCAGGGAUUUAUCUCCUGGAAGGAUGCACGUGUGAAAGGGUCCCCGCGCUCAAGGUGUCCACCGUUGGCAAAGAGACGCUUGACAAGCUGCACUAUUUCCUCAUUGUCUUCGGCCAUGAUGGACAAAAGCCUCUGGAACUGCGGACAGAGGAGGAGGCGGAAUGUGAUGAAUGGGUGGAGGCUAUCCAGCAGGCCAGCUACUCUGACAUCAUCAUCGAACGUGAGGUUCUCAUGCAGAAGUACAUCCACCUGGUGCAGAUUGUGGAGACAGAGAAGGUUGCUGCCAAUCAGCUCCACACACAACUGGAAGACCAAGACACAGAGAUUGAAAGGCUUAAAGGAGAGAUUAUAGCCUUGAACAAAACUAAGGAAAGAAUGCGUCCCUACCAUGUCUACCAGGAAGAAGAGGACCCUGAUAUCAAGAAAAUAAAAAAGGUUCAGAGUUUCAUGCGAGGCUGGCUGUGUAGAAGAAAAUGGAAGAUUAUUGUGCAGGACUACAUCUGUUCUCCUCACGCUGAGAGCAUGAGGAAGAGGAACCAGAUUGUCUUCAACAUGGUGGAGGCUGAGACAGAGUACGUCCAUCAGCUUUCCAUCCUGGUCAACUGUUUUCUGAGGCCUCUCAGAAUGGCCGCCAGCUCCAAGAAACCACCCAUAAGCCAUGAUGAUGUCAGCAGCAUCUUCCUUAACAGUGAGACAAUCAUGUUUCUUCAUGAAAUAUUCCAUCAAGGCUUGAAGGCGAGGAUAGCGAACUGGCCCACACUGGUCCUAGCUGAUCUCUUUGAUAUCUUGCUGCCAAUGCUGAACAUCUAUCAGGAGUUUGUGAGGAACCAUCAGUAUAGUCUUCAGGUUCUGGCCAACUGUAAGCAAAACCGGGACUUUGACAAACUCCUAAAGCAGUAUGAGUCCAACGCUGCCUGUGAGGGGAGGAUGCUGGAAACCUUCCUCACAUAUCCCAUGUUUCAGAUUCCUCGCUAUAUCAUCACCCUCCAUGAGCUACUGGCUCAUACACCUCAUGAGCAUGUGGAAAGAAAAAGUCUAGAAUUUGCCAAGUCCAAACUGGAGGAACUCUCCAGGGUGAUGCACGAUGAAGUGAGUGACACAGAAAACAUCCGUAAGAACCUGGCGAUUGAGCGCAUGAUUGUGGAGGGCUGUGACAUCCUCCUUGACACCAGCCAGACGUUUGUGAGGCAAGGCUCUUUGAUCCAGUUGCCCUCCGUGGAAAGAGGGAAGCUCAGUAAGGUUCGGCUCGGAUCUCUCUCUCUCAAAAAGGAAGGAGAGAGACAGUGCUUCCUCUUCACAAAGCACUUCCUUAUCUGUACACGCAGCUCGGGAGGCAAACUUCACCUGCUCAAACAAGGUGGUGUGCUGUCCCUGAUAGAGUGCACUCUCAUUGAGGAACCGGACGCCAGUGACGAAGAUGGUAAGAAUUCAGGGCAGGUGUUUGGUCACCUGGACUUUAAGAUUGUGGUGGAGCCCUCAGACGCUCCUGCGUUCACUGUAGUUUUACUGGCACCCUCACGUCAGGAGAAAGCAGCCUGGACCAGUGACAUCAGCCAGUGCAUUGAUAACAUCCGUUGUAACGGCCUGAUGACCAGCGUGUUUGAGGAGAACUCCAAAGUCACAGUGCCGCACAUGAUCAAAUCCGAUGCACGUCUCCAUAAAGAUGAUGUUGACAUUUGCUUCAGCAAGACGCUCAACUCCUGCAAGGUUCCUCAGAUCCGCUACGCCAGCGUGGAGAGAUUGCUUGAGAGGCUGACCGACCUGCGCUUCCUCUCCAUAGACUUCCUCAACACCUUCCUGCACACCUACAGGAUCUUCACCACUGCCACUGUGGUCAUGGAGAAACUGGCUGACAUCUACAAGAAGCCUUUUACUUCCAUUCCAGUCAGGGUCCAGUAUCACUCAUUUGACCGCUUGUCCAUUACAUCCAUCUGCCCAGACUACAGCCUGAAGAUCAGGAAGAUAGCAUUGGAUCAGUCAAAGUCCCUGGAACUCUUCUUCGCCACCAACCAGAACAACCGCAGCGGGGACCACGUGAACGAUAAAUCCCCCAGACUGUGCCGCAAGUUCUCCUCUCCUCCACCUCUCUCCAUCCCCUCUCGUACCUCUUCUCCAGUUCGCACCAGAAAACUCUCACUCAAUUCUCCUGUUGGAUCUAAAGUAGGCAUCCUGGAUCUGUCCACUACCUCAUCAUCUGCAGCCAGCAGUCCAACCUCCACCAACCCCACCAUCUCACCCCCUCCCUCCAACAACAAGCCCCCGUUGGACCUCAGCCAUGGACAGAGCCCGUCCUCCCCUGAGCAGAGCCCUGGAGCUCUGGAUGAGAAUGCUGAGGUGCCUCGAAUUGAUGCCCUCUGUGGCAAACUGCGGCGCAGCAUCAGGAGAGCUGUGUUGGAGUCUGUGUCUCUGGACAAGUUUAUCCCAGAGUCGCCUCAGGGCAGUGAACCAGGAGAUAUCUCUCCCUGCCGCUCCCCCUCCACUCCACGCCACCUCCGCUACAGACAGACAGGAGUCCAGUCAGCUGAGAACUCGCGUUGUUCCGUUUCUCCAGCCUCUGCAUUUGCUAUCGCCACGGCAGCAGCUGGACACAGCAGCCCUCCAGUUUUUAACAAUUCUGAGCGGACUUGUGACAAAGAGUUCAUUAUAUGCAGGGCGGCAACCAACAGAGUUCUGAACGUCUUGCGCCACUGGGUCUCCAAACACUCACAGGACUUUGAAAUGAAUGGGGAGCUGAAGAUGGGAGUGAUCUGCCUGCUGGAGGAGGUGUUGAGAGACCCCGACCUUCUUCCCCAGGAGAGAAAAGCCACAGCAAACAUACUAAGUGCCCUUUCUCAAGAUGACCUGGAAGAUGCGCAACUGAAAAUUGAAGACAUCCUUCAAAUGGCUGAAUGCCCAAAGACUGAGUGUUUCGAAUCUCUGUCAGCGAUGGAGCUAGCUGAGCAAAUCACUCUUCUUGAUCACAUCGUCUUCAGGAGUAUCCCAUAUGAGGAGUUCCUGGGCCAAGGAUGGAUGAAGACAGAUAAGACAGAGAGAACUCCAUACAUCAUGAAGACAAGUCAGCACUUCAAUGAUAUGAGUAAUCUAGUGGCCUCUCAGAUCAUGAGCCACACAGAUGUAGGCUCAAGAGCCAGCUCCAUUGAAAAAUGGGUAGCAGUGGCUGACAUUUGCCGUUGUCUCAACAAUUAUAAUGGCGUUUUAGAAAUCACAUCCGCCCUGAACCGGAGUGCCAUCUACAGGCUAAAGAAGACAUGGGCUAAAGUGUGCAAACAGACUAAAGCACUAAUGGACAAACUUCAAAAGACAGUGUCUUCUGAGGGAAGGUUUAAAAACCUGAGGGAAACUCUAAAAAACUGUAAUCCACCCUGUGUUCCAUAUCUUGGUAUGUACUUGACAGACCUAGCAUUUAUCGAAGAGGGAACCCCCAAUUUCACAGAGGAAGGUCUGGUUAACUUCUCAAAGAUGAGAAUGAUAUCUCAUAUAAUUCGAGAGAUUCGACAGUUCCAGCAAACUCCCUACAGAAUUGAGCACCAACCAAAGGUCACACAGUACCUUCUGGAUAAGACCUUGAUUAUGGAUGAAGACACACUGUAUGACUUAUCUCUCAAGAUUGAGCCCAGACUUCCUGCAUGAACUACAACCUCGGUUCCUGGCAGCUUCCAUCUAGAUGUGCUUUCUACUCUUGGGAUGUAAUGAAGGCAUGAGGCAUGCCUAGUGUUUCAGAAAGAUGCACUAGGGAGAGAGAGUUUGAAAGGGUCUUGGUUUGGAGGAGAAGGUGCUCACCACUACAGAGUCACCGGAGGGGUGACUUGGAGAGUUUUAUCAUGGGAAGUAGGGAUAACAAUUGACCACUGUCACUGUCAGGGGUCCUGAGAGUGUUUCAUGGUCUAAUAGAUGAAUGUCUUCAGUCUUUAUUAGGAAGAGAGUGGAUAAGUAAAAAGGAGAAAAUGUAAAAGAUGUAGCAUGAAGUAGAGCUAUAUGCCAGAUCUUAGUGUCUAUUGUAUUGUGGCCCUCAGGCCUGUGGCCCUUUGCACAUCCUCUCAUUGGUAAUGGUAGUGACUUUGUGCAUGAGCUAGACUUUGGGUUAACUGUGUGCUUUGCCUCAACUUUACACUCCAUGUGCUAUCCCAUCUGACAACAGCUGGCAACACUGAACCAAAAUAUCACAUGACAACUGUAACAUAUAUAUAUUGGUCUUGGGAAUGUACAGAAGCUUUCUUAAAUAUAAUUCAGCUGUAGAUGCUAUUUAUUUUUCGUAUUGGCCCCAAAGCUAUGUGAGCUUUAUAGAAAAUGUAUGAUAGAUACAAAUAUUUGUUUCAAUGUGCCUUUUCACAUUCACUAACACAUUAGUAAUUGAAAACUAAUGUCUCAGCAAUGCUUGAAAGUUAUAUUAUAAAAAACAUUAUUUGCCCCUGUAGCAGAGUGAUGAUUGAAUGGAGAUAUUCAAACAAUAGAUUAAAGUAUACAUUUGCAUUUUCUUUUCUAAAUCAAUAUAAUUCUAAAAUGUCUUAUUUUAAAUGCACAAUAUGCAUUUACGAUCUUUUCCUGGUCUUUUUUUUUUUUGUUUUUUUUUUGUUAAGACUUUACUGUUCCCUAUUGGAGGAAAUGCUCCUUAUUUUUGAAUGAUUUUUAACCAAAUAACUGGAACCCAAUUCUGACUCUUGAGUUUUACAAUAAUCAAUACAAUAAGUUUUCCUGCUUUCUAAAUGUAAUUACCCCACUGGUCAGCUAAGCAGAAAAGAGGGGCUUUCCAUUAUUUGCAUGAAACAUACAGUGAUCGCAUGUUGGGAAAUGCAUUGCAAGACAUGUUGUGUGGUCAUGUGUUACUCAGCUGCUGUGUAGCCUCUUUUGAAAUCUCUAGAAACCUCAAGCGAAAUAGAUAGAUAAAUAUAUUAAACUUUUAAUCUGACUGCACUUACUUAUCUAAAUAGUUUGAUCAUACGAGCUUGAGAUUUCAUAUGCAUAGACUGGCAGAGAACUGUCAAAUUGGCCAUAAAUAUAUAUCUACCACUGUGCUGUAUGAAGACAAUGUCGUUUUCGUCUGAUGUAUCCUUUCAUUGGAGUGGGACAGUUUUUUAUUCUUUAUGUGCAAGGAUAGGUGUGAAUGUGGUCAAAAGUCAGCAGGUUUGAAAGGUGUGAGUUAUACUCUAAUCAAUGUAGCGUUGUAAUUUUAGACAAGUGUGAAUCAGUAGUAUUUAUUUCCUAUCAUAUUUAUUUGACCCUUUUUGUAUAUAGUGUGUCUAUGGGUUUAUGAUAUAAUGUAAUUUCUUUUUUCCUGUCACCAUGUAAGAUUUUUAUUUCUGCAAGCACUCGUAAUAUAUUUGUUACAUUUCACAAAAUAUGUUAAGAAAAAUGUAGCAUAACUGAAUAAUUUAAAUCCUGUCUUUCUCUCUCUCUCUUUCUCUCUCUCUCUCUCUCUCUCUCUCUCUCUCUUUUAUUGGUUUAGUGUGAUGUGCACACUGGAUUAUUGCUUUGGUAUGUUGCAUGUUUCUGCAUGUCCAGGUUGGAUUCCUUCUGUAAAAUCUGUUUUGUACAUUUCUGUAUGAUAUUAUUUGACCUCUUCCUCUUUAUUUUUGCUCACUGAUUCUCUUGGAGAAUGUACAUUUUCAGUACUUCAAUUCCAUGCUUUCAUUUAAAAUAAACAAAACAAACAAACAAACAAUGGCAUCUACACUGAAUUACUAAUCAAAUUCUAGAUUCACUAUUCAUUGAAGUGCCAA